CUAAAACAUCGGUACGGAAGAAGAUUGAUGCAAGAAGAUUCUCUUUUGUAGUCCCAGAGAUGCCUGAUCAAUUAUUAUGUGUACUUUUAAUGGACCGAAUUUGUUGUUGCAGCUUUACCUUUAUUCCAAUUUUCUUUUUACGUCCUUCCACAUUGAGAUACGAAUGUGGCUAAUUUUGACUCUCUAUGAACGGGUAGAUGUCCGUUUUAUCUUUUAGAUCCCAUAAAUGAACAGAAGUAGUCCCACUCCGCUAUUGGUCCUUCUGUCUAGAACGGGCGUCUAGGAUUACGAUGACGAAGAUUACCUUUAAUAAGACUUAGCUUCCCCAUUUUUGUAUGCUCCGUUCCUGCUCAUCUAGUUGCUGAUUCUGGGUGUUUCGAACAAAAUUUCGGAUUGAGUAACUGAUUGAUUGCCAUGCAUGAUUUCCUGCUAUGAAGAUUGGACUAUGUAUACAGCUCCAGUCGAUCACACAGCCACACUUGAAGUGUACUUGUAAUAGCCGGCUACUCCGUUGGGUUUAAUUCCGAGCAACUACCUUGGACUUACUUGAUAAGUGUGGAAACUUCAUCGCUAUUAUCAGAACUACAAUGUCGGUUCCCGAGGACUACAUUCGUAAGCAGGACUACAGGAAUCCUGCUACGCGUGGCGUGUACCCGCGUCGCCAUGCUUUCUUGGAUCACAUCGAAAAGGGGUGCUAUCAAUCAACCUACCGUCAAGACAUCGGGGGCUUCUUCGACCUGAAAAAAAGCCAGGAUUAAGGCGUUCUGCUCUCCAAGUAAGCAACUUACUGAAAUAAGUUUUCAGGACAUGCUUCGUAGAGACAGCCAUUAGUGGAGUGAGGAGUUUCAUACACUGUAAUUUCUUAGACGUACUACAACUACAUCGCCAUUAGAGGUUGACUUUCAUUGUAGGCAAGAUUAUGUGCCAUAGAUAUGCAUAUGCUUGUUUAAUGCUUGCUCAUGUAUUACAUCAUCCUAGGAAUAGCUUCACAGACAAGACUGGACAGCUCUAAAAUACGAAAACCAAGAAGCUAAUGGCCAAGCGGGCGGAGAAAUGGGCGGGCGCAGCUAAGGACAUUGAUAUGUCACUAGAGACUCUGGACAGAUUCGCAGUGAAAGGUACCUUUUGAAUGCUUCAUCAGAACUCUUUUGCUAUACAGAUUUUUCGGUCUGAUAUCAGAGCCUUUCGUUCUCUGUGGAAGAGAAAACCUUUCCUGCUCUCUGAGUGAGAAUUGUAAAUUCUUGGAUGGGUAGUCCAACAACUAGUAGAUGCUACUUCAGGUGAUGCGAAGUUGAAUAAAACGAAGAGCGAACCUCGGCUCAACAGCGAAUACCGGGACAAGAUGCGUGGAAGGCAAAUGGGGUUUUCGUAGGUGGGUGGGGCUGCGCGGAAAUGGUAAAGAUAUCUCAGCAUUGACGUCGAUCGAUGACCACAAAAUAGUGCCAACAACAUGCUUCAGUGCUACGCAUAGAAAGAAGACGCGAAAGCCCCUUAAGUCUAGCUCCCAUCGGAAGUAGGGGCAGUAUUUACCACCCAACGCAAAAACGAAUGUCAAAAACAAGCUACAGACAUGGAAUUUUUAUCGAGAAUAUCUACGUACUACGCUAUUCUUUUUGGACAGGCAUUGGGAGAAUGCAGGAUAGAAGUUACAUUAGACAAGACAUGAAUGUGGAUUAGACAAAACAUGAAUGUGGAAAAACAUUCAUUGCACAGAACUACUCUAGGUGGCACAUGAUGUGUACCAAUAUGUAGCACCUGCACAUCAGGACGGGGUCCACGAGCCGCAAAGAAGUAUUUGGACAAUGCAUCCGCGAGAAAAAGAUGCAAAUUCUGCUAUCGUCGAUAUCAUGAGCUCCUGCUUCUCGUCAACAUUUUUACCGCAUAGCAUAACUCGUGUUUCUUUCUAGGUAAUCUCAUUUCGAUACGCAAGAUGUCAUAAGACAAAAGCUGCAGUCUGUUGUAUAUGCACUCGCGUUUUUGCUUCAAAUGCGGAGCUUUUAAUCUCUAGUACACGCACGCAACUGCUUACUCUUCCCUCAAACGCCUGAAUAACAUCCCAGUGUCGAUAUUUGUUGCAACACAUCACACCGAUAGGCCAAUAGGACAACUGGAGAUCCCGCCAUGGCGACGAGAUGAGCUCAUAAGACUCGAAGCGCGGCACGUCGUUCGUACUGUUCUUUCUCAGCAAAUCUUUCAGGGAUCUCGAUCUUUGUACUUGUUCCAGGGCAUACUGCUCCAAAAA